AUGCUUUUAGAAGAUUCCAUAGAACACGUGACUCUACAUUGGACAAGAGACGAUAAAACGAAUAGUAUAACUUUUUCACAAAAUGAUUCGCCGUCAAAAUACACGAUCACUGUUUUAACUAAUAAUCUUAUUCGUGUUCGAGUUUGGCCUAGAGGAGAACCAGUUACUACACGCACAUGGUCUAUUGUUGAGGAAGAUACAAAUGAUGUUCCAUAUGAAGGCCGUCUGCGUCACGAAAUUACAGCAAAUACUAAUAAUGAGACUCGUUUUUAUAAUAUUAUUGAUGAUGACAAUCAAAUAUUAAUAUCUACUGAGACGCUUACUUGUAAAAUUUAUUUGCAUAAACCAUUUGCAAUAAUUUGGAUAGUAAAUAAUAAAAUUCUUUUACAGGAUAAUCCUAUUUGUAGUUAUCAAUAUCAUGAUUCAACACAACAAUUUCGACAUACAUUAACAAGACCAACCACUGAUGAUCAAUAUUAUUACUAUGGUUUAGGUGAAAAAACUGGUCCAAUCGAUAAAAAAUUUCGUCGAUAUCGUAUGAGAAAUAUGGAUGCAAUGGGUUAUAAUGCUGAGCAUACUGAUCCGCUCUAUAAACAUAUUCCUUUCUAUAUAACAUUACGUUUCGAUUCUGCAUUCGGUUUAUUUUAUGAUACAACAUAUGAUUGUACCUUUGAUAUGGGUUGUGAAAUAGAUAAUUACUAUGGUAAUAUGUUGUAUUUUGAAACGAAAGAUCCUGAUCUUGAUUAUUAUUUUAUUAAUGGACCUUUAAUUGAACAUGUAAUUGAGCAAUAUACAAAAUUAACAGGUCGUUGUCCACUAGCACCAAAAUGGACACUUGGCUAUUUAGGUUCAGCUAUGAAAUAUACUGAUGCAUCCGAUGCACAAACUAGACUUAAAAAAUUUAUUGAUAAUUGUUCAAAAUAUAAUAUAGAAUGUACCGGUUUUCAUUUAUCAUCGGGUUAUUCAAUGAAUAGUGAUGAUGGUAAGCGGUAUGUUUUUGUUUGGGAUAAAAAGCGUGUUCCAUCACCAUUGACUGUAACAAAAAAUUUCCACAAGGCUCAUAUGAAAAUAUUAGCAAAUAUCAAACCAGCUAUGCUUACGACACAUCCAGCUUUUGAUGAAUGUCGCUCAUUGUUUAUACAAAAUGAGCAUGGAAAUCAACCUGAUCUUGCACCAUUUUGGGGUGGUCUCGGUGCACAUUUAGACUUUACUAAUCCAGAUACUGUGAUAUGGUGGAAAAGUCAAGUUACAUCACAAUUGUUAGCUAACGGUAUUGAUUGUACAUGGAAUGAUAAUAAUGAAUUUAAUAUAAAAAACUCUCGUGCCAAAUGUUUUAAUGGUGAAUUAAUGGAAAGUAUGAGACCUGUACAAACUAUACUAAUGGUUAAAGCAUCGUAUGACGCACAAAGAACGACGAAUGUUAAAUAUCGUCCAUGGUUAUUGACGCGUGCUGCAUGCGCUGGUACUCAAAGAUAUGGUGGUACAUGGACAGGAGAUAAUUAUUGUUCGUGGCAUACAUUAAAAUAUAAUAUUCCAAUGGGUUUAAAUUUAUCUCUAAGUGGCUUUCCAUUAAUCGGCCAUGAUAUUGGAGGAUUUGCUGGUGAAAAACCUUCCCUUGAAUUAUUUGUUCGAUGGAUACAAAAUGGAAUAUUUCACCCAAGAUUUUGUGUACAUUCAUGGCGUCCAAAUCAAAAUGAAAAUACUGAUGAUAAUAAUGAAAAUUCAUUAUGGAUGUAUCCAGAUGCUUUACCACUUAUCUACGAUGCAUUAAAUUUUCGAAAAAAUUUACAACCAUAUUUAUAUUCACUUUUACAUGAAGCUAUGAUGACGGGCCAUCCAAUAAUUCGUCCGACUGUUUAUCAUUUUCAAUCAGAUGUUAAAUGUCGUGAUCAAUCAUUUGAAUUUCUUCUUGGGCCGUGGCUACUUGUUGCAUCGGUUUAUGAAGAAAAUGCCAUUAGUCGAACAUUAUAUUUACCAUCAGGUACAAAAUGGUAUAAUUUUUGGACCGAUGAAAUUUAUGAUGGUGGACAAAUUCUAACAGUAUCGGCAACAUUAGAUAUGUUUCCUUUAUUUGUACGAGAAGGUGCAUUAUUACCUUUCGAAACCGACGAACAUUUUGAAAUACGUAUUUAUCCAUUUCAAGAAAAUGGUACUAGUGAAUUCAAUUUAUAUGAUGACGAUGGUGAAACAAUGGAUUAUUUUAAUGAAUCAGGGGGAAAAGUCGAUUUACGAGCAAUCCGUCUUUCAUGUAAUCAACAGCAAAUACAUAUUGACACGUUUGUUAUUGUAGGGAAACCAAAAUUUGUUCAAUGGCGUUUUCCAAGUCAUGAGAAACGUUCGUUUGUAAUCAAUCAAGCAUAA